UUUCCUAUACGGAUCCAUUGCCAGUGUCUUUGCACAGUUAUAGGACGCCCCAUCUGGCUUCGCCUUCUCUGCCCGGGAUUAGUAAACAAUUACGAAUCCCGCAAAAACGGUAUCCGGGUGGAUGAGAGACUGUCUAGCGGGCCGGUUAGCACCCAAAAGACCUCAACAGGCACUUUGUCCCCGAGGACAGAAGCGACAGAAGUCAGCAAGCAGCCAUGGCUCUGAAGAUUGUUAAAGGGAGCAUCGAUCGGAUGUUCGAUAAAAACCUUCAAGAUUUAGUACGUGGAAUUAGGAAUCACAAGGAAGAUGAGGCUAAGUACAUCUCCACCUGCAUUGAUGAGAUCAAGCAGGAGCUCAAGCAGGACAACAUUGCUGUCAAGGCCAAUGCUGUGUGCAAGCUCACCUACUUACAAAUGCUGGGCUAUGACGUCAGCUGGGCUGCAUUCAACAUCGUGGAAGUCAUGAGCUCCUCCAAAUUCACAUACAAGAGAAUUGGUUACCUGGCAGCCUCCCAGUGCUUUCAUGAGAGCACUGAUGUCAUCAUGCUGACAACCAAUCAGAUCCGAAAGGAUCUGAGCAGUCCUAACCAGUAUGACACUGGUGUGGCUCUCACUGGUCUCUCCUGCUUCGUGACCCCUGACCUGGCUCGGGACCUGGCCAAUGACAUCAUGACUCUGAUGUCCCACACAAAGCCGUACAUCAGGAAGAAGGCAGUCCUGAUCAUGUACAAGGUGUUCCUGAAGUAUCCAGAGUCUCUGCGCCCUGCUUUCCCCAGGCUGAAGGAGAAACUGGAAGACCCUGACCCUGGGGUCCAGUCAGCGGCUGUUAAUGUCAUCUGUGAGCUGGCCAGGAGAAACCCUAAGAACUACCUGUCUCUGGCUCCGCUCUUCUUCAAGCUCAUGACCUCCUCCACCAACAACUGGGUCCUGAUCAAGAUUAUCAAGCUGUUUGGUGCCCUCACACCCCUGGAGCCUCGCUUGGGGAAGAAGCUGAUUGAGCCCCUAACAAACCUCAUCCACAGUACCUCUGCUAUGUCACUUCUAUAUGAAUGUGUCAACACUGUAAUAGCAGUGUUGAUUUCCCUGUCCUCUGGGAUGCCAAAUCACAGUGCUAGUAUUCAGCUCUGUGUUCAGAAACUGCGAAUCCUGAUUGAAGACUCGGACCAGAACUUGAAGUACCUGGGCCUGCUGGCCAUGUCCAAGAUACUGAAGACUCAUCCCAAGUCUGUCCAGUCCCACAAGGACCUCAUCUUGCAGUGUCUGGACGACAAGGACGAGUCCAUCCGCCUGAGGGCUCUAGACCUGCUCUACGGCAUGGUAUCCAAGAAGAACUUGAUGGAGAUAGUGAAGAAGCUGAUGCUGCACGUGGACAAGGCUGAGGGAACCACUUACCGAGAUGAGCUGCUCACCAAGAUCAUCGACAUCUGCAGCCAGAGCAAUUACCAGUACAUCACUAACUUUGAAUGGUACAUCAGUAUCCUGGUGGAGCUGACCCGUCUGGAGGGCACGCGGCACGGCCACCUCAUCGCCUCCCAGAUGCUGGACGUGGCCAUUCGGGUCAAGGCCAUCCGAGCCUUUGCUGUGGCCCAAAUGGCUACUCUGCUGGACAACGCCCACCUGCUUACCGGCAACACACAGCGCAACGGCAUCUGUGAGGUGCUCUAUGCUGCCGCCUGGAUCUGUGGAGAGUUCUCAGAACACCUGGAGGAUCCCAUGGCGACCCUGGAGGCCAUGCUGCGGCCCAAGGUGGCCACCCUGCCGGGCCACAUCCAGGCCGUGUACGUGCAGAACGCUGCCAAGCUGUUUGCCACGGUGCUGCGCGGCCAGGAGGGGGUGCCAGCGGACAGCACGGUGGCCCAGGAGACCAGCCAGCUGCUCAUCGACAGGCUGCCUCUGUUUGUCCAGAGUUCCAACCUGGAGGUGCAAGAGAGGGCUUCAUGCAUCUUGCAGUUGGUGAAGUAUAUCCAGAAGCUGCAGCAGAAGGACGUGGAGGUGGCUGAGGAGGUGACGGCUCUGUUUGCUGGGGAGCUCAACCCUGUGGCCCCCAAGGCACAGAAGAAAGUGCCUGUUCCUGAAGGUCUGGACCUGGAUGCGUGGAUCAACGAGCCUCCGUCUGGGAGUGAGUCUGAAGAUGAGGGCAGGAAGUCCAAGGGCAAAGCUGUGUUUGCCAAGGAGGAGUCCAGACACACCAAGCCACGCUACACUGAGGUGGACGAGAAGGAACUGGCCAAGAGGAGAGAGGUAAGGAAGGCAGAGCAGGCCAACAACCCCUUCUACAUCAAGGCCUCCCCCUCCUCUCAGAAGGUGUACCAGGAUGGUGUUGGUGUGGAACACAUUCCAGUGGUGCAGAUUGACCUCAGUGUGCCUCUUAAGGUCCCAGGGAUGCCAAUGUCAGAUCAGUAUGUGAAGCUGGAAGAGGAGCGUCGGGAGAAAAACAAGGCAGACAAGAAGAAGAAGGACAAGAAGCAGAGGAGGGAGAAGGGCGAGAAGGGCCGCCGGAGGAGGGGGGACUCUGGCCCAGAGAGCGAGGAGGACAUCACCCCUGCACACAUGGUGGACAUCGUCACUGAGGAGAUGCCAGAGAAUGCCUUACCCAGUGAUGACGACGACAAAGAUCCCAACGAUCCCCACAAAGCUCUGAACAUCGACCUGGACAAUUUGCUGGCAGCAUCUCGCAGGCCCCUGGCAGACAGCGAGAAGAAGCUGCCGGUCAGGUCACACCGUCCCGACGAGGUCCUCAAGAGCCCCAUGGAGGACGGGCAGGGGGUGGAGGUUGCUCCAGAGCCCAAGAAGAAGACCGGAAAGGAGAAGAAGGAGAAGAAGAAGACAAAGGAUAAGGACAGGAAGAAGAGUAAAGAGGAGAAGAAGAAGAAAAAACACAAACAAGAGGAAGGGGAGGAUCUUAUGGGCGCUGGGUCAGAGGAGCCUAUCCAACCAGAAGAGACCAAGGGGGUGGCAGCCCCGCCUCCUGCCUCCACACCAGAGGCUUCGGAUCUGGAUUUCUGGCUCUCAAAUGCUCCAGUGCCCUCUAACCCUCAGGCAGCAGCAGAAGCAGAGGAUCCCACUAAGAUGGUAUCUGGUGUGGCUGCCGUGGCACCAGACUCUGAGCCUGAAGAGGCCAAAGACACUGAGCCGGAGGAGACUAAGUCCUCCAAGCACAAGAAGAAGAAGAAGCAGAAAAAGGAGGAGAAGAAAAAGAAGCACCAUCAUCAUCAUAAUCAUAGCGAUGGGGCCGGAGACGAGUCUGUGCAGAACGGCACUGUGGAGGAGGAGGAGCCUCUGCCGCCCAUGUCCAAUUACGCCCUGCUGGCUGAGAACUCCUACAUCAAGAUGAUGAAGCAGGAUGCUGAUAAGGUGUGUGACAUCCAGGGGAACCUGCAGGACGGUAGCCAGGUGGUGGUCUCUAUCAUCUUUGAGAAUAAGUGCGACAGCUUUAUCAAGUCAAUGGAGUUCAAUGUGCUGGACUCUCUCAACUCCAAGCUGCAGCGGCCUGAUGGAGCUGGCCCACAUGACGGCCUCAACGUGCCCUUCCAACUACCCCCCGGGAUCUCAAACGAGGCACGCUUCAUCUUCUCAGUGCAGAGCAUCGUGAUGCCCCAGAAACUGAAGGGAACCCUCACAUUCAUAGUCAAGACUGAUGAUUCCUCCACUCAUGAGAAACUGGACUUUAAACUGCACUUUACCUGCACCUCAUACCUGAUCACCACUCCCUGCUACAGUGAUGCUUAUUCUAAGCUGUUGGAGUCAGGGGACCUGAAGGGGAGCUCUCUGAAGCUGGAGGGAGUUAAUCAGCCCUUCCACCAUCUACUGGCCAGGAUCUGCUUCCACCACCACUUCUCUGUUGUGGAGAGGAUCGAUUCCUGUGCCUCUAUGUACAGCAGGUCAGUCCAGGGUCACCACGUGUGUCUGCUCGUCAAAACUGCUGAUCAGACCGUGUCCAUCGACGCUAAAUGUGACGAGCCGGGCCUGCUUGGGAAUGUGCUGGAUGAGAUCAAGCUCACCUUCUCUCAGUGCUGAUUGUGUCUGACAGCCACUUGGUGCCCCCCUACCCCCUGUUCAACCCCUCGCUCGCUGAAACACACACUUGUAUAAUCCCAUUACAAACACUGCGGCUGGCACUCCUAGUUUCACCCUAUUUAUUAAUCGUCAGAUUCACAACUCUCCUUCUUUCACUUCCCCACUCCCCCAUUCACUGAUUUUCUCUAUGCACACUCCCUCAGUGCACUUAUAGUUCCACUUCCUCGUUUCAAAUCUCUUUUCCUCUUCCAGCCUCUCCACUGUCAGAAUGCUGGUUUCCCCUGCUCCCCCCUCCCUCCCUCUGACUGAACUUGUACCAAUUCUCUCUCUCACUCUCACUCACUCAUCUGCAUUACAGUCUGUGACGGUCAUGUAAUGUAAUCUGACAAC